AUGCCUUCUUCAAGCAAAUACACGAAAAGUAAUAUGGGUCGUGAUCGAAGUCGAAGUGAAAGCUCCAGUAAAAGCCGUAGUCAUAGUAGAAGUCACAGUAGUGGUCGUCGUGGACGUAGCCGAAGCCGACGGCGUGAACGUUCGAGGAGUCGAAGUCAUCAUCGUGAUCGUCGUAGUAGGAGUCAUUCAAGUGAUCGAGAAACAUCAGAUUUGCUGAAACUUUGUUGGAAACCGCUGAAAGAGGAUUCAAGAAAUUUUGAUGCUUGGACUCAUCUUUUACAAUAUGUUGAACAGCUCGAUGAAACUAAAGCAGCUCGUGAAGCAUAUGAUGACUUUUUUAAAAGAUAUCCUUACUGCUACGGUUACUGGCGAAAGUAUGCUGAAUUUGAACGUAGGCAUAAACAUUACGAUCGUUGUAUUGAAGUGUAUGAACGCGGAAUUAUGGGUGUACCGUUAAGUGUUGAUCUAUGGCUUCAUUUUAUUGCUUUCAUUAAAGAAGUUGUGCAACGUCAAGAAAAUGCAAUUCAGAAGAUCAGAUUAGUUUAUGACCGUGCAAUUGAAGCUUGUGGUAUGGAAUUUCGUUCAGACAAGUUAUGGGAGGAAUAUAUUAACUGGGAAUUAAGGAAUGGGGAGACUGUUCGUGCUGGAGCGUUAUUUGACCAGAUACUAAGCAUACCUACGCUGUUGUAUAGUAACCAUUUUGAAAAAUACAAGGCAUUUGUGAAUUCAAAUGAACCGGAUAGGGUUGUAAAUCAGGAUGAAUACAAUGAAAUUUUCGUCAAAGUCGAGAAAGAUCUGCACAAUGUAGUUAAUGGCGAAUUGUUUUUGCUCGAAGACUAUACUGACGAUUCUCCUCCGGACUAUAUUCCAGAAAAUGGAGAGGAACCACCAAAAAAAGUUUUAACAAGACGAAAGCAUUGUGAAGAAGCGUUGCGUGCGCUGAGAUUAGAAAUAUUAGAACGUCGAAACAAAAAGUAUUUAGACAAUGAACAAGAAGUAAGUCGACGUUGGACUUUCGAAGAAAAUAUUAAACGUCCCUACUUUCACGUAAAACCAUUAGAACGCGCUCAGUUACGUAAUUGGCGUGCUUACCUCGAUUUUGAAAUUGAGUGUGGUGAUGUCGCGCGCAUCAUUAUUCUUUUCGAGAGAUGUCUUAUUGCUUGUGCUCUGUAUGAGGAAAUGUGGAUUAAGUAUGCGCGUUACUUGGAAAGUAUUGGUGAAUCUAGUCGAGCUCGCAAUGUUUUCCGUCGUGCAGUCGAAGUUCAUUUGCCUCGCAAACCAAAUAUUCAUCUUGCAUAUAGCGCCUUCGAAGAAAAAAAUGGUAAUGAACACAGCGUUUGUGAUAUUUGUGAUAUAAUAAUCUCUAAUCUAUUUUUCCGUUUAUACAUUCAUGUGGUUAAGUUUAAUGAUGAGCUAAAGUAUUAUCACUCGUCAGAAGAUAACAUUCACGCAUGGUGCGUGCGGCAGUCUUAUGGCAAAAUCGAUAAGAUUAUUCACGAAUUGGAUUUAUUAUACAUUAUACAUUGUAUAUUUCCCUAUAACAUUCAGUGUCGGCGUGUCUUUCAAGGUGAUUUCGAAAAAGCAAAUUCAAUCUUGGCAAGUUUUGAUCAUCGUUAUCCUGGGUAUGCCGUUAUUGCAUUACGUCGUAUUGGUAUUGAGCGCCGUUUUGCCAUUAAACAAGCUGGGGAUAGGGAUUCACCGGACUAUUCCUCGGUAAUAUCACGGUUUGAACGCCUCAUUCACGAUUCACGCACGCCACGUAAACUUUCGGCAUUUUAUGCUCAGAAAUUGGCUCGCUUUCAUUCUAAGACAAGGAAUGAUCGUAAAUUAGCUGAAAAAAUUAUUAGAGAUGCAAUAAAUCGUGAUAAAAGCAAUUCACAGUUGUAUUUGGCAUUGGUCGAUUUGGCUUAUACAGCACCUUUAUUCAAUGAACGAAGUGUGAUCGAAACGUUGAAUGAAGUUCUUAGUAGUGAGCAUCUUUCCGAUGAAAAUAAAUUGCGUUUUUCUCAGAGGAAGUUGGACUUUCUGGAAGAUCUAGGAACCGAUGUGGAAGCGUAA